GUGUUUGACUCAGUGUGUUAAAGUGAAAUCCAGAAAUCAUCAUGUCGUUCUCUGGGAAGUUUGAGCUGGAGAAAUCCGAGGGUAUGGAGGAGUUCAUGGCGGCCAUCGGUUUUCAAGAUCUUAUCAAGAAAGCCGAUGAGGGGAAAACCCAGUUUGAGAUCCAGGAGAACGGAGACGAUUAUUGUCUGACCACCAGAAGAGGAGAAACAGUGCUGAACAACAGCUUCACCAUCGGGCAGGACACCGAGCUAAAAAUGCUGAGUGGACAGAGGGUCAAGACUGUGGUGCACAGAGAUGGGCAGAAGCUGAAGGCAGCGCUGAGCAACAUCACUUUAACCUGGGAGAUGCUGGACGAAAACACUCUGCUCAUCACUCUGAGCACUGAGGACAACAUCGCCUACAAGCGCUUCAGCAAACGUGUGGCGUAAACAGAGGAGAAAACACACACCAGGCAGAAAAUGAGAAGACAAAUACUGACAAAGUCUGAAAUAAUGUCUUGAUUUCUCCUGAGAAAAAUACAGAAAUAAACUUACAAAGAAAAUU